GACCGGAUGUUUUGAGAUGGACAGUAGCUACUGUGAAGACUUUGAGGAUGAACACCACCAGUCUAACGCGCUGGAAGGAGGCGGCUACUCUCAUUUUAGCCGCAGGCCGCCAGCUCGUUGCGGGCAGUCAGUCGUCAGGGUCGCUGCAGAAAGCCGCUUCAGCUUCCCCGCUGGCUGACCGCAGCUGCGCGGUGUCACACCUGCUGCACUCCUCCUUUGAUUAUGAGGUGUUGUUGCUCAAACGCAGCGGAAAAAGCCGAUUUAUGCCCAGUGCCUAUGUGUUUCCCGGGGGUGUGGUGGACGCCUCGGACUUUUCCAGUGAGUGGCUGGACAUUUUCUCGUCUUUCAAGAACGUUUCAGACUUUGGCUUGAGAAGUGUCGAACAAGCGCCGGAGAGCAGACCUCCCAUCUUCGCCACAAACCGAAUGAAACUGGGCUCUCCUAUCCCUGGAGAGGUCGCCUUCAGGAUCUGCGCCCUGAGGGAGACGUUUGAGGAGAGCGGUGUUCUGCUGGUUCUGUCUAAAAUGGAAGUGGGAAGUUUGUUGGAAAGUUUAAAGGACAGACGUUACAACGACCAAGCGCCUCCCUGUCAAACAAACGUGCUGAGCAGUAGUGACCUCACUAAGUGGAGAGCUCUGGUGAACCAGAACCCCUCCAAUUUCAUCCGGAUGUGCAGAGAGCUGGAGGUGCUGCCCAACAUCUGGGCUUUACAUGAAUGGAGCAACUGGCUGACCCCAGCGGGCAAGUACGGUGGUAAGAGGUUUGACACAGCCUUCUUCAUCUGCUGCCUGCAGGAGGCCCCGCACACUCUGCAGGACCAGAGGGAAAUCGUGCAUUAUCAGUGGUCCACACCGUCAGAGGUCCUGCAGAGCUCCCAGGCACAGGAGUUGUGGAUCCCGCCGCCACAGUUCUAUGAGUUUAGCCGCCUGUGUCGCUUCCCCCUCCUUAGUGACCUUCAUGUCUUUGCCAGCCAGCGUGCCAUAAAGGGCUGCGAGCACUGGCUGCCUGUAGUUUUCUUAAAAGAUGACCACUACAUCUCACUGCUUCCAGGUGACAAGCUGUACCCAUUGGACGGCUCAGAGGACAUUCAGCUGGACAAGCCAGAGGAAGAACCUGCACUACACCGCAUUGUGGUCAUGAGUUCAAAUAGUUUAGCGCUUCAGAUCACCAUCCAGCCUAAAUACGACCACGUGCUUCCAGUUAUCAUCCCACCCUUGUCACAUGACCCUCAAAGUCAGCUUUGACUUUGACUUAAACUCCUCUGUGCACAUAUAAAAUAUAUGUAUAUAAUAUAUAUAUAUAAAAACUUGAAAUAACACAAAUUAAAUAUUAAAUAUUUUAUUGUGAUACACUAUAUGGACAAAGGUAUUUGGACACCCUAUUAGACCAACAGGGAC